GUGUCAUUUAUAAUUUUGACUUUCAAAUGAACGCAUCGAUCCGAAAACCAAAUUUAAUCGUGAUUUAAAUAUUAUAAAGUUUUUCACAAAAACACUUUACAGCUUUCAAAAUCAUUGAGGCGGAAAAAAAAAUAUCGAAAAUGAAACCAAAACUAGUGACGUUUGUGCUAAUUGUUAUUUGUGCGUCGAUUGUUAUAUCGGAUGCGAGAAAAGGUGGUGGCGGAAGAGGAAAAUAUACUGGUGGUGGAAAAGGAAAAUCUUCUGGUGGCUUUUUCAGUUCGAUAUUCGGUUCAUCAAAACCAAAAUCAUCGCCGAGCCCGACCCACAAUCCGUAUUCAUCGCCAAUAACUCAUCACACAUCCAACACCAAUUCUCAUAAUUAUGGACAUAGUGGUGGUAGUCAUACCUUCGGUUCGGAAAAUAGUCGUGCACAUUACACACCAUAUAAUCAAAAUUAUGUUGGAAGAACACAAACUACUCCUCUACAAACUGGUCAUCAUUUUCCUCUACGAACUGGUCACCAUACUCCUCUACAAACUGGUCACCAUACUCCUAUACAAACUGGUCACCAUACACCUAGCGCACCACAUUUGCCAUCAGCACCCCCUGCAGCACAGGCGGGAUGGUUUACACAAAAAAAUACUGGGGGAAGUAGCAACUCUCCAUCUGGACACGGAAUGAGUCAAAAUACGCACUCUGGUUAUGGAAAAUCGGGUCAUUCAUAUGGAUGGGCACCAUCAGUAACGGCCACUAAAAUUGGGCAAACAUCAUCUAGCCCACAAAAUUAUGGAAAUGUUGGUCAUACCAAUUAUCCAGGACAACAACACCAUCAAACCCAAUCUACAUCGUAUCAUCCGCAACCAAAUCAACCACACCAUGUAACGAACAAUUUCGUAACACUUAAUCAUCAAACGCAUUACAAUCCGGGCUAUCAAUCGUUCAGCACUCCAAGCGUGGGCUAUCAUUUUACAACUUAUCACAGUUAUCCAGCCUAUUAUUCACCCUACCCAUCGUACUCACCAGUUAGUUCAUUUGGACUUGGUUUGGCUCUCGGUAGCAGUUUGGGUCAUCAUCAUCAUUACCACGAUUACUAUGGCUAUCCGAGUACGCAUCAUAUUUAUCAUCAUCAUGAUGGCAACGGCAAUGGCAACAACAACUGGCAAAAUGGCAACAAUUAUAAUAAUAACGGUAACAGAAAUAAUCCAAAUAACGGCGACUCCAAUCAAAAUAUGCAACCCAAACAAAAUCAAAGUACCAUCAAAGAUCCAACACAACCAAUGGCACCGCUUGUUUACAGCGUAUCUGGUCGAACCAGUAGCGAUGAUGCCGAUUCAACGGAAAUUAUAUUUACCAAUCCGUAUUUAAUUGUUGGCGUUGAGAAUAUGUUGAUGUAUGGCGAAUUCCAAGAUGAACAAGAUAUUACAAUAAUUAUGGAACAAGAUGCUGACGGCGAGGAUCCAUAUCCAUGGGAUCCAAUGUACUCAUUAUGGUAUCCAAAUGCAACAAGUAUAAAUGAAAAUCAAUCAAAUUUGACAUCAGUCGAACAAACGACCAUUUCUAUUCCAAUGACAACAAAUGUCAAUACAACAUCAACAACAACUAUCAAAACUGAUAUUCAAUCGACUGCGAUGCCAAUAUCAACAAAUACAACGACACUUGUUCCGCUUGCUUCUUACCCAGCACCUCAAUAAGAAAAUAUGUCAAACUAAAAGAAAUUGUCAAAAUUCCUUUACGGGUACUUUUUUUUGUCGUGUACGUGUGCAUGUUGGUGUUUGAGUUUUAUAUACACAAGGUUAGAUUUUAUACAAUCCAAAUCGCAGUGAAAAAAGAAACAACAAUUUUCAUUAUCUUUAAAAGACGAGAAUACUUUUAGGAGAAUUUAAAAUUGUUUCGCCUACGGUUUUGGUUGUAUUGAACGAAUUUACGGUUUAUUGAAAUUCUUGCAUCGAUUUUGUUUCGUAAACAUUUAUUUCCUCUUGUUAAUAUAUUAAGUCAUUGACGAAAUAAAGAAAAAAAUGCAAUUAUUUAUAAAA